UGUUUUGACGGUCAUUUCAAUAAACAGAACAGUGAAUCAGUGAAUGAAAUUUUGCAAGGAACGAAAGAGUUGCUGCCCAAACUUUGAACAAUAGUUUCUUGUACAAUCUGGCUACGGGACAGCAUUUAAUUGAUUAAAAGGAAUAUGGCCUUCCCAACAAACGACGUAUCAAUCAGCGACGAACCGAAGGAACUUUUGUUCGAUAAGCACGUCGAGUACAUUGCCAACCAUGGAAAUGAUAAAAACGACUAUGAAUACUGUAUGACAGAGUUCCUGCGGAUGUCAGGCAUCUACUGGGGCGUUACGGGGUUGGAUCUGAUGUACCAGUUGGACCGCGUCAAUCGGCAGGAAAUCGUCGAUUUCAUCAAAAAGUGCCAGUGUCCGACGAGUGGCGGGAUUUCGGCCUGCGAAGGGCACGAUCCGCACAUCCUGUACACGCUGAGCGCGGUGCAGAUUCUGUGCAUCUACGAUUGUCUGGAGGAAAUCGACACGGAUGCCAUCGGGCGGUAUGUCAGCUCGCUGCAGCAGCUGGACGGUAGCUUCUUCGGGGACAAGUGGGGCGAGGUCGACACUCGGUUUUCAUUCUGCGCCGUGGCCAUUCUGAGUUUGAUAAACAAAAUGGAUGUGAUAGACCUGGAGAAAGCAGUUAACUUUGUGAUGUCCUGUUGCAACUCGGAUGGCGGUUUCGGUUCGAAGCCGAACGCUGAAAGCCACGCAGGGCUCAUCUACUGCUGUGUGGGAUUUCUCUCUAUUACCGAUCAGCUCCAUCGCUUGGAUUGCGAGAAGCUGGCCUGGUGGCUGUGUGAACGUCAGCUGCCAAGUGGAGGACUCAACGGAAGACCGGAAAAGCUGCCGGACGUGUGCUAUUCGUGGUGGGUCCUGGCAUCUCUCACCAUCAUGGGCCGCUUACACUGGAUCAGUGCCGAAAAGCUGCAAAAGUUUAUCCUAUCGUGCCAGGAUGUCGAAACGGGGGGAUUUUCCGAUCGCACCGGAAAUAUGCCAGAUAUCUUUCAUACGCUGUUCGGACUGGGGGCGCUGUCGCUGCUUGGGGACAAAAGAUUACGGAAGGUGAAUCCAACGUUUUGCAUGCCGCAAUAUGUGAUUGAUCGGUGCAACGUAAAACCAAAGAUUAUCACUCUCUGAGAGCCUUGACGGAUUUCUGGACACAAAGAUUAUUUUAUUUGAACAAGUUCUAUUUUUUACACCUACUACAGCAACGAUUCCAUAUGAAAUAAGCCAAGCGAUGUUAUGGGUGAAAUUA